AUGUCUACAUUCGCACAGAGAAUGCAGGAUAUAAUGCGACCAAACAUUGAAGUGCAUGACGGAAGCACACCUCAUGCCUCAAGACAAGCAUUGCCGGAGCUAACAUCACAAGACUCCACGUCACAACUCGGAGGACUACCAUUCCUGACUCCAUCACUCCUCCCCGCCUACAUACCCCCUGCAUGGUCAUAUGAUGGAAAUCAGUAUGAGCAUCUUGAAAAUGUCAUCAGACAGUCUGCACCCAGUGAAGUCCCCGACAAUAUUCGCGAAUGGGUGAUCAUCAUCAUGAAGUCAUUAGUCGACAAUGAGCUCAAGAAAAUGUACAAUGUACUCAAGCGACGACUGAAGGAGGUGAUACUCAAGUCCGAGAAUGAGAAACUCUCAGACAAGAUUAGAGCUCAGGACACACACAUGGUCAUCCUAAACGAUGAAAUCACAAGCACACAGGGAGCUAUGUUAGACAUGGGGAAGAAGAUGAUGGAACUAGGCAGUGAGUAUACCGAGCUGCAUCACGAGUUAGCUUCACUCAAAGCAAGCGGCGUCACAAUGAUGCAAGGUCACACCUCCGGCAUGGUCCAACUGCACAAACUGCACAUCAAGAUAGUUGAACCUCCACACUACUCGGGCAAAGGAAGUCUGGAGGACUGGCUCCAACAACUCAGCAUCUGGAUGCGGUGGAAUGAGAUCAAUGAUAACGAGCGCAAGAUUACCACAGCACUACUGCACCUUGAAGGAGGUGCAUUCACCUACAUGUCAGAAUACAUGACCAAGGCAGCAGCAUGGCAAGCACUCGGUACUUGGGAAAACUUCGUCGAUAUUCUCAAAGUCAACUACAGGACCCUCGACCCAGACAAAAAUGCACAACAGCACUUGAAGAAGAUCUGCGCAAAGACCUACCUCACCAUGGUCUCCUUCGCAGAAAAGUUCCACCAAUGGGCCACUAAGACCAACUUAGGGCACACUGCACUCAUCGGAUACAUCGCUGAACAUCGAGACAAGGACAUAUGUCAAGCAAUGUCCAAGUUCAGAGCCAACAAGGCAGGACAGCACGGAACAACAACGGCAUCAUCAUCGCAGGCACCAAGAGCCCGAAAAGAUCCUAAUGCAAUGGACGUGGACCAUGUGUCCCAACUCACCAAGGAACAAGAAGGCUGGCUGGAAAGGAAGCUCUGUGUACACUGUGGAAAACAUCCCUUCAUAUUCAAGCAACAUUGCCUGGACCCCAAGUACAAAGGCAAACUCAAAAUGCUGAGAUGGGGACAAGUGACCAGGGCAGUAAUCACACCAGUGGCAUCAACCAGUUUCGAUAACAGCAAGGUGAGAGAAGAAGCAGUCCAAGCCUUCCUCGCCAGCUAUGAUGCGAAGGAUAAGGAGGCAGAACCGGAACCAGCUAUCGAAGCAGCUAGGAUCACGAAGGUGGAAAGUGAUGAGGAUUUUCUUCGGCGGGUUCUCUGA